AUGACGUCGCAACACCUCCACGCGCGCGUCGCGCGCGCGAACGCCGCGCGCGGCCUCCGCGCGCGCGUCGUCGCCCCCGCCGGCAGAUCGAUCGCCACCGCCCGUCGUUCCGCGAUCGCCGUCUCCGCGGCGCGCGCCGAGACGGACGACGCCGCGUCCGCGCCGGCGUCGGCGUCGUCGCGCCGCGACGUCGUCCUCGGCGGCGCGCUCGCGCUCGCGUCGUCCGCGCUCGCCGCGACGACCCCGGUCGCGAUCGCGGACGAGGCGCCGACGACGACCGAGACGACGACGACGACGACGCGCGAUCGCAAGAGCGUCGUCGUCACGGGAAGCAACAGCGGCAUCGGCCUCGACGGCGCCGCGAAGCUCGCCGCGCGCGGGUACGACGUCACGCUCGCGUGCCGAACGCUCGCGAAAGCGCAGGCCGCGAAGGCGUCCAUCGAGGCGACCGCCGCGGCGAACGGCGUCGUCCUGACCGGGUCGCUCACGCCCGCGGAGUGCGACCUCGCGUCGCUGGAUUCGAUCCGCGCGUUCGCGGCGUCGCGGCGCGCCGCGCCGCUCGACGCGCUCGUCCUGAACGCCGGCGUCGAGUUCAGCGGCGACAACACCGUGCGUCGCACCGCGGACGGGUUCGAGAUCACCGUGGGGGUGAAUCACCUCGGGCACUUCCUGCUGACGAACUUGCUGCUGCCGGAUCUCGAGGCGGCGGCGUCGGCGUCGCCGCAAUCCGACGGCACGACGCCGCGCGUCGUCGUCACCGCGAGCGAGGUCCACGACCCGGCCUCCCCGGGCGGGAACGUCGGCCUCGGCGCGGGCCUCGGCGACCUCAGAGGGUUGGCCGAGAACGGCGCCGCGUUCGAGAUGCUCGACGGGUCGCCGUACGACGCGGACAAGGCGUACAAGGAUUCGAAGCUGUGCAACGUCCUCUUCGCGCGCGAGCUUCAACGGCGACUGAGAGACGCCGGGAGCGUCGUCACCGUGAACACGUUCGGGCCGGGGCUCAUCACGCGCACGGGGCUGUUCCGCGCGCAGAACCCGCUGUUCGUGAAGGUGUUCGACUUCGCGACGAACGAGAUCUUCCACGUCGCGGAGACGGUGGACGGCGGCGGCGACUGCUUGGUUCGAAUGGUGACAGACGCGGAGCUCGAAGGCGUCGGCGACGUCUAUUACAACAACGGGAUCGCCCCGGGCGAGGGGAAGACGGGGCAUAAGUUCGAGCGCGGGGACGUGAGCGCGGAGGCGAUGGACGGCGAGAAGGGGAAGGCGCUGUGGGCGUACAGCGAGCGGCUCGUCGGGUUGAGCGCGUGA